UCAAAAAUGGCAGAAUUUCCACUCCCCAUGAGCGAAGCCUUUCUGGGCACGUUCGACAACCCAGCACUGUCCCAGACCUACAGGAAAGCCGUCAUUAGACCAGCACCUUCCUCUUUCACCAUACAAAUCCAUCCACCGACGAAACAAGGUGCCAAUUACCACUAUGGAAUGCGUGUGAUUCCGCUAGACGCGCCGUCUAGCCCAGUCCAAUCCAGUGCUCGAUCUACCAGAACUACCAAAUCUGUAAAGGGAAAGGAAUACGAUCCCGCUACUAUAAGCGAUGACAUAAACAUACCUUUACCGCACGAAAAGACAUAUCUAUUUGCUCCACUUUUACUCGUGGAAAUGUUUCACCCAUAUGAUGAGC